AUGCAGUCUGGCAGGAUCGCUGAGUCGGUGGAUGACGUGCCAACACCCAAGAAACCCAAGAAGAACCAUCGAUCCAAGUCAAUCGACGACACGCAGGUAUUUCAUCGGGCACUUGACGCGCUCCUUGAGGAUUGCAAGCGCGCAAGGGAACAGCAAGAGAGGCUUUUGCCGCCGCCAUCACCUUCGGGCGAAGAGAGAACACCAUAA